AUGGUUUUACAACGACUACAAGAACACAAGCUCUAUGCUAAGUUUAAGAAAUGUGAAUUCUUGUUAUCCCAAGUGUCAUUCUUAGGGCAUAUUGUCAGUAAGGAUGGGAUCAUGGUUGAUCCAGGAAAGAUUGAAUCUGUUAGGGAUUUGCCAAGACCAAAGAAAGUUAUUAAAGAAAAGUUUGUAGUUUACUAUGAUGCAUCCAGAAAAGGUUUGGGGUGUGUUCUAAUGCAAGCUUACAGGGUUUUUGCUUAUGCCUCUUGUCAACUGAACGAGUAUGAGCAGCAAUACUAG